UCGAGUGUGCUGCCCGUCACCAAGGAGAGCAGAAUCAAAAGUCAAAACUUUUCCUUUAUUGAUUCAUAUCGCGGUUUUUGUUGAGACUGAGUUGCAAUUUGUUGAUCCAUUUUUAUGCUCUGUACAUAUCGGAAUCGUUUAGUUUAGUCAUUAAAUGUGGUGGAAAAUGUGAAAGCGAAGGCAAGAAGCAUCACAGUUUGCAGUUUUUAAGCUUUUAAUGUGUUCUAAAUGGGUAGCAGAUAGUGAGUUAGUUUUCAAUAGUUUAUCGACAAUAGAGCAAAUUCGGGUAGGGCAGAUCGACUGCUGCAGUUCGCCGUGGAAAAUGAUGCCGAUUCAUUGGCCACAACGCAAUCCAUCAUCUGCACUGACGACCGCAAACCUUCCAUCGAAAGAGUAUCCACUUUAGGGGGCCUCCGGUCUAGGUCCCACUCAAUAAAUCUGAGUGUACAUGUGUGCUCCACUUGCAAACUAUGGGAAAUUGCUUCAAAGGAUGCCUUUCGCAGGAAAAUCAAGCGCGCAAUCGAACGUUGGCCGCUAGUGAUAGCCAGUAUGAGAUGUUGGUCGAAGGAUCAUCACAGCAGCAAGUGAAAAUCAAGCAGAACAAAUCAAAAAAGAAAACGAAGCUUUUUGGGAAAAUUUGGCAAAGAAAAGGAGAUGUGGAGUACUCAAGACUGAACAAAUCAAACAAUAAUUUUAUAAGCAAGAGUAAUAAUAAUGACCAUCAGAAAUCAGGAUCAGAAAUUCAACUGCAGUGCCUCGAUGCACACUCGCUUCUGCUGGUGUCGAAGGAUAGCAAUACUCGAAAGAAUGGAUAUCAUGAUCUCAAUACGGAUAUGACUUCCACUCCUGGGAGUUCCUUGGAUCUGGAGUGGGAGAAUGAUUACGGAUACCAGAAUAGCAAUUGGCAACUGCGACCAAUCGACGACCAACAGCUCCCUUACCCUACACCGAUGGAUCCUGUGUUCAAAGUGGAGGAAUGGUCCAUUCUCAAGAAAAGCAAAGACCGUAUCAACUGCAUACGACGGUUGGAUCGUGGUCCAUUGCUGCACGCUCCGGAUAAUGGAACCGGUGCCAGCACCCAUCCCCUGUCCAGCGUCGGUGCGAACGGGUCCGGUGUCAUCGGAACGCCCUCGAUCGUGAGCUGUGGUUCGUAUGCUUCCUCUUCACACAUAUCAACGCCGGAGGAUUCGCUCGAGUGGGAUAUUGAUCAGGAUCGACAGCUUAAGUCGGAAAACGAAUCUCUGGAUCUCGAAACUAAGGAGCUGCUGUUGGAAAUCGAGCUGCUGAAGAAUCGCGUUCUCAACGAGACUGGUGCUAACCUGAAGGAUCUGAAAUACGACGAAUCAAUCAGUUGAUUCCGCUUUCGCGGAUAGUGAGCUUGCCUCACGGAAUGGUAUGAGACGAGGGAAGGACCGAAAAUCAAACGAUUGACUUUAAAUUAUUAUAGGGAAAAUUGAAUACAAUGUAGAACAUGUUGAAACACAUUUUAGAACAGAGAAAUGUAACCCAGAUCAAAACAAGUGUACCGAAAAUUUCGUAGGGAAUUGUUUCGAAACACAAAGAUAGACGAAUAGUACCAGUGUAAUCUAUAUUUAUUGUGAAUUCUAUAUAUUCCACAGUUUAUGAAACACUCCUUAGACAGAAUCAAAUCCGAAAACGAACAAUGCAAAAAAGGAAGAAUGAUCGAUUGGUAAUCGCCGUAAUUGAUCAACAAACGAGAAAAAGCAUUUAUUUUCCAAGUGCAGAAUGAAACAAAACUUUAUCGAGUACCGUAAGGAAAGGUCGCUAUAAUACGAACAAGGUGCAUAAUAAAUACUGAA